GCAUACCACAAACUCUGCUUCCUCCUAAAGAGUGUUUAUCUGUCAACAUCUCACUUUAAUUGUGGUCUUGUAAGGUACCAGAAGGCAGGCAAAACUCUCCAGCCAGCAAUCAUGGAAAAUAAGGAUUUUACAAAUGUCUAUCAAAAUGUUAACACCAAUAUCUAUGAGAUUCCAGAGUCUGAGGAGAACAAACGGAAUCACCUUUAUGAUCAUGUCCAUGAAGAUCUAGCAUCUCCUUCUUCCACGACUACCAAUGUAGAAAGCAUGGACUUAAGUCAGAGCCCAGAAGACAGCCGCAGUAAUUCUGUGUCCUCUCAGCAUGGGCUCAAUGGGGAGUAUGGUUCUUCUUCAUCUCACCAUGGUGCUGGAGAAGACUACCAAUACCAGGAGGAGAUGGAUCUGAUGAGCCCAAGUCAGGAAGAUAAACAUGUAGGGCGCAUGAUGUUUGAGAAUGGCAUACUUUCUCCUACAGGUUUCCAGCUGCGUCGGAGCCAGAGCACUUCUUCCCACUCUCCAACUUCCAUCAAGUUCCCCCUGAACAAUAACUUGGGAGAAACGGACAACUUUCAGGAGGACCAUGAGAUACACAUGUUUGUAAAGGCUGGUAUAGAUGGAGAAAGCAUUGGGAAUUGUCCAUUCUCCCAGCGUCUCUUCAUGAUCCUCUGGCUCAAAGGAGUUGUGUUCAACGUCACCACUGUUGACCUGAAAAGAAAGCCAGCUGAUCUACACAAUCUGGCUCCUGGGACCCACCCACCUUUCUUGACUUUUAAUGGAGAAGUCAAGACAGAUGUUAACAAGAUUGAGGAAUUCUUGGAAGAGACUCUCGCACCUCCAAAGUAUCCCAAGCUGGCUGCCAAGCACCGGGAAUCAAACACUGCUGGAAUAGAUAUCUUCUCCAAAUUUUCUGCCUAUAUAAAAAAUACCAAGCAGCAGGAUAAUGCUGCCCUUGAAAAAGGUUUGGUGAAGGCUUUGAAGAAGCUGGAUGACUAUCUGAAAACCCCUCUGCCUGAGGAGAUUGAUGCAAACAGCACCGAAGAGGAGAAGGUGUCUAAACGCAGAUUUCUGGAUGGAGAUGACCUGACUCUUGCUGACUGCAACCUUCUGCCCAAACUCCAUGUUGUUAAGAUUGUUGCAAAGAAAUAUCGCAACUUUGAGUUCCCAACAGAGAUGACGGGGCUGUGGCGGUACCUGAAGAACGCUUAUGCCAGGGAUGAAUUCACCAAUACCUGUGCUGCAGACAAGGAAAUUGAGCAAGCCUAUGCAGAUGUGGCCAAGCGGCUCAGCAAAUCCUAACUGACCUCAGCAGAGGCUCUAUAUCCCUGAGGGAUCCCCAUUUUACAGACUCUUCCCCUUGUUGCCUUAAGAUAUACUUAUCAUUGUACUAUCUGGUUGGCAUCCCUAUGAUUCCACCUGUUAAAAGUGUAUUGAUCCAGGACAAAUCUGCUUCUCUCUGGAGAAGGAAAAGGCAACUCUAGUUGAGGGGGGGAGGUAGAAACCCUUUGAAAUCUGAACCUAAGAUCUGGCACAACUAGUAUUAUUCACAGUCAGUAUUGGAAAUGAGUCCACCUUAUUAGUUUCUUGUUUCAUGCUGGAGUAUCUCACCACCUGUUUUAUUUGGAGUUUUAAAAAUAACAUAUAAGCUGAAAUUUCAAAUAAGUCAGUUAGGAACAUAUCAAGCUGGUUCUUCUCUAGGUUAUUUCAAGGAUGCCUUUUUUUAGUGUGAUCUAUCUGCUGCUAUUGGGAUCUUUGAGGCAGGAGCAAAAUAUGAGUGAGGGCAAAAAAGAGUUUGACCCUAAUGGAGACAUGCUCUUAGCAGUUAUAUUUAAAAACCUCUCUGAAUGUAUCUUCUGUCUUAGCAGGCACAGGAGUUUUUAAGGUACUUAUUUUUAACUUGGCACAGGUGGGGAAAGCCUGAACGAAUAUGUCAGAUUUGCAGAUACUACUUUGCAUAAAAUUUGCAUGUUGCUUUUGCAUCCAGACAUUUAGAGGAAAAGAGAGUGAAUGAGCAGUUGAGCAGGUAGCCUUUGCAAGAGUGGUGCUGAUAUCCCCAGCAGAUCUGCAAGUUGGUAGAGACACUGAGACACAGCAAUAAUGGGCAGGCUAAAACAGAGAGAGGCACAUUCCCAGCCAGAUAGUUGGCAGAUAUGCUAGCAGAAAUCCAUGCAUGAUGCCUUUGUCUCACUCCUCCAGGAUUCAUCAAUCCAGUUUGAAUGACUGUUGAUUCUGCUUUCUAAAAGUGAUUAUUUUGUUCUGUCCAUAGCAUGUGCAUGAUGCAACCUGCUUUAAACUGGUGGCUAGCUGCACCUUAAUUUAGCAAAUUAAGAAUGACAACUCUUUUGUAUGAAACUCACUUGCCCUAGUAUGUACAAGAGUGUACAUGACUCUCAGCCUUCAAUUUGAGGGGAUUUAUAGUUGUUUUGAAAGAGAAAAUAAAAUAAAGCUGAGCUUUAGCAUGGUGUGGCUCCCCUUCUGAUCAGAGCUGUGAAGAGCUGCAGUGAUUUCAGGGGAAAUCCAUGCUGCUAAGCUGUGACCCAGGGGAACCUCACAACAGGCCUGUUUGCACUCAGAAACCUGGAGGACUGGAGGCACGAUAUAAAGGUCGCUUCUGCCGUAUAAUGCUCAUGAAGAUCUGAAGCAAUUCUGUUGUUUUGGUGGGAUUAUCCUGCUUUUCACACUAACCCAACUGGGAGCAGAAUGUUGCUUGUUGACUCUGAAGAUACUUCGUAGCUGAUGAUUGUUUCACAUGCAGGGAUCAGUUUGUUCUGAAUUUUCCAAAUUUCAAGAAAAUCCAUGAACUCCCAAGUUUUCCCUUAGAAUGGGACAUUUUAACAAUGGCUAGACUGAAGGGCAAAGGCUCACACUCUUUAAAAUAUUGCUGAGAAAUCAGCUGGCUCAGAGAACACUAAUAACAGCCAAAAAAAUCUAGUGAGAUUAGAAGUGUCUGCAUAAGCACAUGUGGCUUGUUUAAAAAAAAAAAAAACUCUUAAUGGGAUUGGAAUUAUUUAUGAUUUUUUAAAUUAACUUGAUUAUUUAUUUAUUUAUUUUAAUUGACUCAGUCCUUUCUGUCUUUCUGUUUUUGUUUUCACCCAGCACACUGGUCUAGAUGACUCUCUCUGUUUAGCAAAGUACUAUUACCAGUGCUCUGCAAAUUCAUUUCUAAUGAAAAGUCUGCUCUCUGAUUAACAGUCACCUGGAUUUUUUACUUUCAGUAUGGUUAGACUAAGAGCAUGCUGAUCAACAGAAUCUGCAUUUUUCUCAGUUGUCAUGUUCCAAGUUUGUGCUUUAAUUAGUGGCUUUGCUUAAUCACAGUUGUAGUGAUCUUUGAAGAAGUAGACGCAGUUGCAGCUUCUUGCUCUGUGCUUAUUAUAUUUAGCUCCUUAAAAAAGAUUGUACAAACACGCAGCAGAUCUCAGGCAGGGUAAGUGAACCAGGCCAGGGUCUCUCCUGAUUUCUUCCAUCUCUGUGAAUCUUCACCAGUUUGCUCAGUCCUGUGGUUCCAAAAUGUUCUAAUAUAUCCUAAUUUUAUUUUUCUAAAAGAGGGCCAAAUCAGAAUCAGUUGAUCUCAGCAACCUCAAAUUGCAUCUGUUUUUAAAAAAUGUUUACAAAUGAUUGUGUUUAUACCAAAAUGAGUUUUCAGUGCAAUGAACAUUUUGUAAGAUAAUUUGCAUGUUUGUUAAAUAUUUGUAGGAUUUCAUUAUAAAAGCUGAAAAUCCCCCAGCUAUUUUGCUUUUUAAUUAGUAAUACAAAAUCUAAAUAUUUUCAUUUUCUAACACCCCCCCAAGUUCAGCUAAAAUGUAUUGAUGAAUAUGAAAAAAGUAAGAGGAAAAUGAAACAGUUUUCUGAUCAGCUACAGUGCCCAUUCUGUGUGAACUCAAGUCUCAUUCUGCAUCCUAACUUUGCAUUUUAUUCAUAACCCUCUAAUAGGCUGAUCCAAGAUUAUGGACAGGUUCAGGCAUUCUCUGACCUUUGUUUGCGUUUGAAAUCCAAGCUCAUGUUUUCAGAUCUGUAACUUUUGCUCACCUUUGUGCUUUUUGGCUUUAGCCAUAGUCAGAAGCAGGAAAUACUGGAAAUCCUACACAGAAAAGUGUUUUGCUGAGAUUUUGAGCUCGGUUUUCAAGACUCAGGAUCCAUCACCAGUGAGAUUUUUAAAGGGCUUCAGACUCCUUUAUGCAGGGUAUUUUUGGUGAUCUUCCAUUGUAUUUAGAAUUAUAAGCAAUAAAUAUUAAUCAUAGAGGAUUGUAUAUCUACAUUGUCAAGGCAGCAUUUCUGAAAAGAAUCUAAGUGACAAGACAGACAUUGCAGAUUUACAAUAACUUUGUUCAUAAAUUUUUUGCAAGAUGUAAAGAAAGACAUAGUGCAGAGGGGGAAGAAGCCAACAAUAUGGAUUUAAUCAUCUACAUUUCAGAAAUGCAGACCAAAUGUCUGUAAAGAUGUCCAUUUCAUCCAAACAUUUCUUAGAUAUUUAUUUCAAAGCUCCCUGUUCACUCAGUCCAACACUCCAUUCAUAUUGGAACUAAUAUUGAUUUCUCUUCUCUUAAUGGUAAUAUGGGGGUGGUAAAGGAUCUCAUAUACUAGUUGCUCUUAUUUUCUCUUAUGCUAUUUGAAUUGUCAUUAGGUCAUCUUGCUGUACAGGUAAGACUAAAAGUAUCUCUCCAAAACUAAAUAAGGCUUCUGGCAAACAUUUUUUCCAAUAGAAAGAACCUUAUAACAAUACUGCUUUAUCAGGGCAUAGUAUGGCAUACACAGCUAAAGGCCACAAGCUCUUAUCCCAGGUUUGUGUAAGCUAGAAAGCCACUGCCAGGGAGAAAUGACAGCAUAUAUCACAAAGACAUUAGGCAUCUUUGUCUCCUUACAAGAGAGAUUAGCUGAAUUACACAUGGUGUUUUAUUUUGAAUAUAUAUUUAUUUUAAACCCCAGCUACCUUCUUUUAUCCCUGCUCAAAGACAACUUAGGGUUUUUUUUAUGUUCUUCAUUUUCAUGGACAGUAACAAAAUCAAGAGAGAAAUAGGGACUUAUGUAUUAGAGAUAGAAAACAAAACAAGGCUCCGAGUUAGCUGUAACCAUUCUGCCAUUUUCUCAGUGCUAAACACAGAGAACUAUGUUUUAGGGGAACUGGUCCAUCUUGUGGGGUAAGCCCAAAGGUCACUGCUUGCAGCACUCCUCCCACCGCUGUCCCAGCAGGGAAAGUGAGAGGCAAACUCUGCCUUGAUGGAGUCUGGCUGAUUUUAGGAUAUUGUUAAAAUUUAGGCAGCAGAAAUGCAGCAUAGCCAAUUCUGUAGUCAUGUAAAGCCCCCAAAGCCCAAGGAAACAUUCACUUUUUAAAAUUAAUUGAUGCUUUAAAAUUGGAAAUAACAGUCUUGUGUCUGCCUUCAUGUGUAUUCUUUCAGGCAAGGGGAAGUUUGCAUUUGUUUAUUCUAGAUAUGAUUAUUAUUCCUCAAUUGCUUUUGAUAUUAAGGAAUAGUUUUCCAGUAAGAUUUUGUUCUUCUGCUGAAUCUUUCAUGCCUUCAUUAAUUUUGAUGUCUGCAAUGACCUCAUGAUUCCAGAGGACACAGGAAAGAUGUGAAGCUCAUACUUGUUGAGAAGUUGAGAUAGGUAAUUAUUUUUUGGAGAAAAGAGUAUUAAAAGCAUUUUUAAAAAUUCUAUACAUAUGUAUCUUUUCAUCUGGGCUAUUUUAACCAAGAAUGAUAGACUGCUUAGUCUGGACCGUGAUUUCCAGCACAGGCCUGAGGAAAUCACUAUGUUUAAGGUGGCCUAACCUAGGGAUUUCCCCAGGAUACAUAGCGAUGUCCCUCUGAGUCACAGAAAUUCACGUUUCCUUGCUCUGGAGGUAUGGUAAACUAUGACACUGCCCGACUGUCUGCUCCAGCAGUGAAGAGUGGGGCAGUGCCCUGCCUUUUCCCUUACCUCCCCUUCUAGCUUAUGGGCAGGGAAAGCAGAAAGCACCAAUCACUUUUACUUCCAUGUCUGCAGCAAUGCUCUAGUUCUAGCAGGUGUGUCCAACACUGGUUUUCAAAGCUGGAUUAUUCCAUGUUUAAAAAACGCAAAGGUCUGAACAGCCCCGUGCAACUCAGACACUCACCACGUGGCCUUCUGGGACUCCAGCAGCACUCCAGAGACUGCAGCAAUCGUGCAGCCUGUUACCCCCCGUUGUGAUGUGCCCAACCCCAAAUCAUUCAGCCUUUUCACCAUUUAUUGAAGAGAUGCUGAAGUUGAAAAUACUCCAGAGGAUGCACUUGAAUGUGGUGUGUUUUGAGCUGUGCUCAUCAGCUAACCAGCUCUGAAUUACGACAUUGUCACAGCUCAGCAGGUUGUGCCUUUGCAGCCAAGUGGGCAACUCUUCCUACCGAUUGAGCGAUCGAUCGCCUGUUGGGAUAGCAGUGCUCUGGUAGGAAGUGCUGACUCCGAGGCUGUUCGGCCAGCGAUGGUGCGACCAUGGUGAAAGGUUUCAGCGCCACCUUUCCCGGAGCGCAGCUCUCUAGCUGAAGUGCGUGAGCAGCUCGGCUGGGGCCAUGAUCCAGCACUAAUGAGCAUUUUUCGCUUGCAGCAUGUGAAUAGAGACUACUCAUGUGUUUAACGUUAAACAUGUGCUUGCCUGCUUGGCUGGAUUGGGGCCUAGAAGUCAUGACAGAAAAGCCUGUAUUAAUAAAGAGCAUUAUGAUUCUGUUUCCUUUGAAAUCCAGUGGGGGAAUUCCCAGUAGGAAUUCCCAGGAGAGCCCAAGGCUACAUAGGCACAAAGAUGUUUCAAGAGGGAAGAUGUCCUUAGAGAACAGAGAAUACUCCAAGGGAAAAGGAAAUAGCAGUGAUAUCUGGGUCUCACCACAGCAGCAAGCAAAACAGGGGACCAAACCCUGUCCUCGCUGUGGAUGGCCGAGCGUUUAUCACCAGGGACGUUUUGGGUGAAGCUGGGACCAGGCCACGCUGACGCAGUGCGAUGCCAAGGCAUGUUCUGCACUAUCUGCAGCCACAGUCCCUGCGGUGGUAUCCCACAGCAUAACGAUGCCUCCGUUGUGUCUAGCUCGCUCUUAUUAUGAAAUGGCUUGUCUAAAGAAAACCGAGAAGGGCGGGGGACUUUUUUAUAUAUACACGGAGUAAAAACAAUCCAAAUAUGCUUUAAUGGUUCUCAACGUGAUGCUGUCAAUUCUCACCACAGGGUGGAAUUUGUUGGUAGAAAUUAAAUUAAAUUAAAAUAGAAAAGCUUGGCUGUUGCUAAUGGGCACUACUGGGCGCCCUAAAAGCCAUUUGCAGUGCAGAGCCGUAGCAGGAGUGAACAUCCCUUAAUUCCCAGAAUCACUUGACUUUCACAUGGGCCAUUUCAGCCUAUUCUGCUGCACUGCUGAGACGUUGCCCUUUCCCUGUCUCUCUAGGUCUAUAAACUCUGAAAAAUUUGGGAACCGGCUAAGGGCAGCAAACUAAUCUUUUUCUUUUUUGCUUUUUUCUGUCUUCGUUAAGUUAACUACUUUAAUUUGGAAACAGGUGAUAAAGAAAUAGCAUUUACAAACAGAUUUCUCUACUUUUUAUUAAGGAAGUUUUUAAAAGCCAUCAGGAAAUGUGAGGUUAUCUCCAGCUUUGGGAAUAAACUGUGGUAUAAAACAUAAUGUAGGAGGUGUGAUUCUGACUAAAUCGUUUAAGCAGGGAGAUUACAGAUUAUCUUAAGGAGCAUGUUUAGGACUGAACGGACAGAAUAAUCCAGAUAUUGCACUAAGGUCUUAAGAUCCAACUAAUCUCAGCUUUUUUUGAUAACUGACUGUACAACACUUUGCCUCCAUCGCUUGGCAGCUGUAGGUGCGUUAUUCCAGGAAUCAUGCCUUUCCCUUUCAUCUGGAAAAAAUAUUUUUUAUUAUUAGAAAAGAGAACAGCAGCUGGAUCUCUUUGCCUCUGUUUCCCCCUUCUGCUGGAUAGAAACCAUCUAUAUAGCCACUUAAUUUAACUGCAUUAUUUAAUUAGAUAACAUUGCAAAGUGUCUUGGGAUGGAAGGUGGCAUAAAGAGAAAAAUCCUGCCCUUGAAAUGGCGGUUACCAGCUGAGGCUUUGGUUUUGUUCCCGCCAGAAUAAACAAGAGCUGCACCGCUUGGUGGUGCAGAAGCAGGAUCUGAACUUCAUGGAUCUAGGGAAUUUAGCAGUCUCUUUGGAGAAAAGGGUAAUUUUGGACCCAGUGCAUUUUGGAAGGUGUACGAGACCGUUCUUGGGCGAAUGCCUAGCGUUUCUCAUGAGGGACUACAGCGAACCGCCUGCUGCUACAAAAUGAGAUUAAGAAAUCAGGAGAUGGGGACGGGCUAACACUGAAUCAGACACAUUUGCCUGCAGUGCAGCCGCUAAAUUGGUGUGACAUGAGGAACCGCAGCGCGGGAGCAUGGGCCCUGAAGUGAGUCAAAGCCACAUCUUUGUCACCAGCCAUUCUCUAUUUAUAACAACACAGAUCUAUUCUGUAAUCACGGAGAGGCACAACAGGAGCGUGCUUUGUUCUGCCUAAAUCACAUUUCUCGUGCGGGUGCGUUUAAACACAGCUUUUGGCCUCCUGCCUCGCACCACACACACCCAAGGCGGGCAAUUCUGGCACAACAAAGCACGCCCUGUCGUGCUCCAGUGCUCAAAGGCUCCUGUGCUGAGGCAAUAAACUCUGCUAAAUGCUUUAAAAAUGUUCCCUUAAGUGCGCUGCGUUGCCGCCCUGCCUCGCUUGCUGUUUCAUUUUGUGUCUGUGUCUUUGGUUUCAACUAAACAGGGAAGGUCUUGCGUUGUUUAGUGCUGGCGCUUGGCAUUAUUAGCAAUAAGAAAUUGGAGAGAAAAAACCCAAACCCAACCCUCUUUCCUAGUGCAAAGCUGACCGCUUGUGUGUGUGACUGCAUGUUCAGAGGCUGUGAAUCAGUUCCCCAGCGCUGCUUGUUUUCUAGGCUGGGGAACAGAUCUUCAUCUGGGCAAAUCCUCAUAGCUGUGAUGGCAUCCUCUCUUUUUUCUCUUUGUAAACCAACGAAGGCUCCUGCCCCAUAUUCUCUAGAAAUUUAUGACCUAGCAGACGACAGAUUUAUUUUUCUAGUUUGACUGUCUUCAAUUCUAAAGCCUGCAGAUCAAAAACCAAGUUGCAUAGUGAGAUUUGAGGGUGAACAGAAAUCUUUUUCCUCAAAAUCCACUCAGUUUCAAAUCCUGACUCAUUCAGGGCACAAUCCUGUUUAUCCAAAAGGGGUUUGAGGUAGAAGGAGAGAGAAGGGAGCCCACUGUGGGAUGCACAUGCCACUGUCCUUCCACUGAGCCAGGGUGACAGGACUGGACUGGAAGUCCUCAGAGGUAGAUGGGCGAGUUUUCCAUCUUCUGAGUGAAACCAACCUCUUCAGAGGCCCGACUAGCCCUCAACUGAGCCACAGUUGCUUAAAAAUUGCAGCAACAUUCAGAACCAAAAUGUGGAGAAUGAAAGAUGACAUGAUGGUCAGGUACCUCUUUGGGCACUAUACAGGCAAAAAAUAAUUCAUUUGAAAGGACACUCAAAUUUUGCAGGUACCUGUCUGGACCCAAGUGCAAGGGUUGGAUUUUCUCCGCUGAAAGGUCAUGAAUCCCAGAAAUACCUAGUGUCUGUUGUGAAUGUAGCCACCUGAUCUACUGGGAGAAAAGCCAAAUUUGUAACUCUUAAAGAGAGUGUGGGAAUUAACUUUAAACUCGGGCCUGGUAAGCUUCAAAAGUUGUUUGUUUAUAAACGACUCUUUUAUAGUGGUUGACAAUGAAAAGUAACUAUGCAUCUAAGGGUCUCCGUCAGGUGAGAAAGAGAGACAGGAUAAAUCCCUUCGCAUACUCAUGAUUUUCAGGUGAGACGCCUGCCCUGUUAAUGGGUAGUUUUAGAUUAACCUUUUGGAGUAGGAACUAUAUAUUUCUUCUCUGUAUGUACAGCUCCUAACACAAUAGGACCCUGAUUAGAGCCUUUGUAUGCUGCUCUACCACGCAUAGUAAAUAAUAAUAGGAAUAACGUAAUUAAAAUGUCAUUGCAGUUUGCCUUUAAUAUUAUGAUUGUGUGGCUGUACUUUAUCAACUGUGAAUAAAAUCAAUGUCCUUUUUGUAUAAUAGGUAGUAUAUUUUAUUAUUGAAAAAAAAAGCUGAAUUUCACUUUUAAAAGAAAAAGAAAAGUAUCUGCUCCUUAUUUCUUUUUAAGCCUUCGGAUAACAAAUGAACAUUUCUUUUGUAUCCUUCAAAUGAGUAUGGGUUAAAUGAAAAAAUCCACCUUCCUGGAUUGGAACUGUUUAUAAUCUUCUAUUCCAAAAAUGAUUAGCACCUGAUAACUGAAUAAAAGUUGUUUAUUUUCUCA